UCGCGCGGAAAGAGGACCAAAAUGGAGGAGUAGGGAUCUUGAUUAAACGGAGCGGGCGCAGCGAAUCUGGCGAAGAGAACCGCGGGAGGGCGGUCUUCCGCCAGCGUGCUGGGGGCCGCCGCGCCUCACCUCUUCGGCGGCGCCCUGUGGGUUCUGCGGCUGCGCGCUGCUUUCACCGGCAGAGCGAACCCGCACGGAGUCGCAGGGGCGCGCAAAGGGGGAGGAGCGGGCAUGACCAGGCGCGCGCGCGUCUGCGGUGACUCUAGGGAGCAGGCGAGUCGGGCGGAUCGGGAGCGGAUCCGGGGUAGAGGGAGGAGAGCUCCGGGUCAAGGACCGCCGCCGCCGCCGUCGGGGAGUCGGCCCGCCCGCCCGCCCGCCCGCCAGCCCGCCCGCCAGCCCGCCGGCGCCUCGCGUGCCCUGCCGGUCACGAUCAGGUCAAACAUUGUCUGGCUUGCACUCUAAAACUAGUUAGCUGAAGACGACUUCUCAGGUUUCUUCAGGAUGCCGGCAGCACUUGUGGAGAAUAGCCAGGUUAUCUGUGAAGUGUGGGCCAGUAAUCUAGAAGAAGAGAUGAGGAAGAUCCGAGAAAUCGUGCUCAGUUACAGUUAUAUUGCCAUGGACACAGAAUUUCCAGGAGUUGUGGUGCGGCCAAUUGGUGAAUUUCGUAGUUCCAUAGAUUACCAGUAUCAGCUUCUGCGGUGUAAUGUUGACCUUUUAAAAAUUAUCCAGCUGGGCCUUACAUUCACAAAUGAGAAGGGAGAAUAUCCUUCUGGAAUCAAUACUUGGCAGUUCAACUUCAAAUUUAACCUUACAGAGGACAUGUACUCCCAGGAUUCCAUAGAUCUUCUUGCUAACUCAGGACUGCAGUUUCAGAAGCAUGAAGAGGAGGGGAUUGACACACUGCACUUUGCAGAGCUGCUUAUGACAUCAGGAGUGGUUCUAUGCGACAAUGUCAAAUGGCUUUCAUUUCAUAGUGGCUAUGAUUUUGGCUAUAUGGUAAAGUUGCUUACAGAUUCUCGUUUGCCAGAAGAGGAACAUGAAUUCUUUCAUAUUCUGAAUCUCUUCUUCCCAUCCAUUUAUGAUGUGAAAUACCUAAUGAAGAGUUGCAAAAAUCUUAAGGGAGGUCUUCAGGAAGUUGCUGAUCAGUUGGAUUUGCAGAGGAUUGGAAGGCAGCACCAGGCAGGCUCAGACUCACUGCUGACAGGAAUGGCUUUCUUCAGGAUGAAAGAGUUGUUUUUUGAGGACAGCAUUGAUGACGCCAAAUACUGUGGGCGGCUCUAUGGCUUAGGCACAGGAGUGGCCCAGAAGCAGAAUGAGGACGUGGACUCUGCGCAGGAGAAGAUGAGCAUCCUGGCGAUCAUCAACAACAUGCAGCAGUGACGGUACCAGGCUCUGCGGGGCGGGCCUCAGCCCAGAUUGGUGCUUACUGUGCUGACUGUGUACUUACCUUCCCCAAGAGAAAAUGCUUCUUUUGAGCAAACUGUACCUACCAUCUGCACUGAGCAGAAAGACUUGUUUUACCGAAGACAAAAGAUGUCUUUAUUUUAGAUCCAGAAGAGAGGAGUUUGCUCUGAAUUUGUAAACAAGUCUUCCCUGUUCCUCAUCCCCAGGUCUCUCCUCUCCGGUUGCCUCUUGCCACCAGCAUCCAUGGCUCAUUUGACACCUUUUUAAAUAUCCAGGACAAGUCUGAAACAAACUAGUAAAAUGUAUAUAACUCUUA